AUGUCCUUUAGCAAUGACAUCGAACGCGUCCAGUCUCACAAGUACAAGGAUUUCCCCGAAUUCGAGGCUCUUUCCACCAGCAUAGAGAAUCAACUCCACUACAUCAAUACUACCCUCCUAGGUGACAUCAGGCUGGAUUUAACUGACUUUGAACAAUCGCCCGAGAAUAGCCCACUAGCAGAAUCGCUAAGCUCGAGCUUUAAGAAAGCCACCGACACGUAUAAAAAGCUAAAUGACUUUGUCAAGCAGCUCUCGAAUUCAAUCAAGACUGUGGAGAGUAAUCACGAAGAUGUAGAGACGGUCAAUUAUCUAAAGCAAAAGGAAGCGAUCCAGAUAAAGUUGAUCAGAGACAGCCUUUUGAAAUUUAAAAGUUUUCAAAAACGGUUCGAGUCGAAACAAGCUAGCCAGUUGCCUUUGCUUUCCUCAGCUCCCAAUCUGGAAGAUACACUAGAGGGCCAACAGCAGCAGCAGCAAAUUCAAAUCACGUAUGAGCCCGUCAAUGCCGAAGAACUCGAGCAGCAGACGUUGCUCAUCCAGGAAAGAGAACGAGAAAUCCACCAGAUCCAACAAGACACACAAGAGAUCAACAAUAUAUUCUCGAAUCUCUCAUCAAUCGUCACCGAACAGCAAUUUCAAGUGGAUAACAUCGAGAAUAACAUCUUUAGCUUCAAUUCCAACGCCAGACAGGCGUCGAGCGAGUUGAGGAGUGCCCAGCGGUACCAGAGACGAUCGAGCGGCACCAUGUUGUGCAUCUUGAUGAUCCUUCUCGGCGUGGCUAGCUUUAUAAUCUUGAUUGGGGUGAUAUUCUAA